AUGUUCUGGACUUUGGGCUCUAUCUACGGCGCUACUGCCGUCGCCUUUGGUGCUUUUGGUGCUCAUGGUCUGAAGAAGAAAAUCUCAGAUCCCUCCAAGAUCGCUGCUUGGAACACUGCUGCUCAUUACCAACUUGUACACUCUGGCAUGAUUCUUUUGACUGCCGCUGUCGCCCCCAAGAACAAGGUUGCUGCUGGCCUCUUUGCCGCAGGCAUCACAUGCUUCAGUGGUUCUAUCUAUCUACUCACUCUUGAUCCUCAGAGAUUCAAGGCUCUCGGUCCUGUCACCCCAAUUGGAGGUCUGUUUCUGAUCGGCGGUUGGGCUGCUCUCGCAAUAGGUUCGCGCGGGAAGUUCUUGCCCAAGACUGCAUAG